CCUGGCCAUCCCAGCAAACAAUUCCUCUCUUAUAAGUAGUAAAGAAAAUAGGGCACCAGGGAUGUAAGAAGAAUGGGUGUCGAGGUGGUGUGGUGGUGGGAGGUUCGAGGAAGAGGAGGAGAGAAAGAAAGGCAGGCCUUGUUGAUGGGUGUGUUCACUUGUGAUGCCCCCUUGCUUUUCUUUUCAUGCCCCCCCAUGUGAGGAGGAAGAGUUUGGUUCUGGGACUGUCGCAAAAGCUCAAGAGGAAGAAGAGGGAACUUCUAGUGGACUUAAGGCGGUUCUAAAUAAGCAAAGAGGGCUCACCUGCCCCCUACUGUGUCUCAGGUGUGCUGCCCCACCCCCGCCCUAAAGCAUCAUGGGCGACUGGAGUCUCUUGGGGAACGUCCUGGAGGAGGUUCAGGAGCAUUCCACCUCGGUGGGGAAGGUCUGGCUCACCGUGCUCUUCAUCUUCCGCAUCCUAGUGCUGGGCACGGCGGCCGAGUCGUCCUGGGGGGACGAGCAGAGCGACUUCCUGUGCGACACGCAGCAGCCCGGCUGCACCAACGUGUGCUACGACAGCGCCUUCCCCAUCGCCCACAUCCGCUACUGGGUGCUGCAGAUAGUCUUCGUCUCCACGCCGUCGCUCAUCUACAUGGGCCACGCCGUGCACACGGUACGCAGUGAGGAGAAGCGGCGGCGGCGGGAGCAGGAGGAGAGGGAGGCCCGUGCGGAGGGCGGCGGGGCGGACCUGGAGGCGGAGAAGGAGUACCUGCAGCAGGGGGGGAUGUCGGAAAGGCCGAGCCGCGUCCGCCUCAAAGGAGCUCUGCUGCAAACCUACGUCCUCAGCAUCCUCAUCCGCACCGCCAUGGAAGUCAUCUUCACCGUCAUCCAGUACUUGAUUUACGGCGUCUUCCUCAAGGCGCUCUACCUGUGCACGUCGUGGCCGUGCCCCAACCCGGUCAACUGCUACAUGUCCCGCCCUACGGAGAAGAACAUCUUCAUCGUCUUCAUGCUGGUGGUGGCCGCCGUGUCUUUGGCGCUAUCUGUGCUGGAGCUCUACUACCUGGGCUGGAAGAGCGUGAGGUCGAGCAUCCGGCGAAAAAGGGCGCAACACGCCGUGGACGCCGCCUUGGAGCACAACAGCCUGCCUCCGCCCUCGGACCCUCCCACGCCUCCCCCUGACUUCAUCCGCUGCGCCAUCACCUCCUCCAUGACCCCCAUGGCGUCCAUGACCUCCAUGGCCUCGCACCCCUUCAGCAACAGGGUGGCGCUGCAGCAGAACUCGGCCAACCUGGCCACCGAGCGCCACCACAGCCGCGACAACCUGGAGGACGACCGGGACUUCCUGGUGAGGUACCAGCAGGCGCCCGAGGAGCUCCCCAACCACAACAACAACUUCCACCCGCUGCCCGCGCUGCAUUCAGGGUACACCAGGGACAAACGACGUCUGAGCAAGACGAGCGGAAGCAGCGGAAGUCGGGCUCGUCAAGACGACCUGGCCGUUUAACAAAGUGGCCCAAAAAGAUGGACCAUCCGAUAGUUAUGAACUCCUUGACCACCUUUGGGGACCUUUUUUUUUUUACCCCCAAAACUGACUCAAGAACUACAGAGAACAGGGUAGCAGGUGGGAUUCUUCACUAUUGCACAUUUUGGAAUAUGAAACGCCGAUAAAAAGGCGAGAAUGACCUAAAAAAGUGGACAUGUGUUCACUUAAAGGGGUCAUGACUUUUUUCUACAUUUAAAAAACUUCCUUGAGGUCUACAUAACAUGUAAUGGUGGUUCUUUUUAUCAAAAUUUUGCAUUGUUUUCGUUUUACAGACCAUUUUCCAAGACCCAUUCUGACCGUCUCUUCAUAAUAACGUGCCUCCACUGUGACUGCUUUUUCUCCUCGCCAUUUUUGUUGUCGUUUUUAGCACUUCCAUAUGGAGUUUACUGACUGAUAUAAGUUCAAACUAUGCACUACUUUAUACUAGAAAUGGCAACGUAGGAGGAUGCAUUUGCUUGUAUGAGCCAGUCUGCCCCACAACAAGAGGAUAGAAAAAGAGAAGGAGCGAAUUGACUACAGCAUCGGACUACAAUGGCGGACUCGCGCAGAGCUCUUCGAGUAAGUCUCUACUGAAGACGGAGAUCUCCUCUGACGUCACACUUGGGAAAAACGUCACAAAUUGGGCAAAUUGCAAACAGCUCGUUUGGAGGAAGUAUACGGAACAAAAAUAUAAAACGCAACACUUUUACUAUUGCUCCCAAUUUUCAUGAGACGUAAAACGUGUACGACAUACCGUUUGGACACAUCUUCUCAUUCAAUGGGUUUUCUUUAUUUUCAUGACUAUUUGCAUUGCAGAUUGUCACUGAAGGCAUCAAAACUAUGAAUGAACACAUCCGGAGUUAUGUACUUAACAAAAACUAAUUAAAUAUCUGAAAUCAUGUUUUAUAUUCUAGUUUCUUCAAAAUGACCAUUUACUCUAAUUACUGUUUUGCACACUCUUGGCAUUCUCUUGUUGAGCUUCGAGAGGUAGUCAACUGAAAGGGUUUUCACUUCACAGGUGCCAUAGUUUUGAUGUCUUCAGUGGAUAUUCCUUCCAAAUAUUGUUCAUCAAAUCUGUCUAACUCAGCGUUAGUGAGCAUUUUAUUGGCCAAGAUAAUCCAUCCACCUCACAGGUGUGGCAUAUCAAGAUGCUGAUUAAACAGCAUGAUUAUUUCACAGAUGUGCACAAUAAAAGGCCACUCUGAAAGGAGCCGUUUAUAUUUUGUCAAUUGUUUGCUUUAUGCAAACCAACUGUUGCAGCAACUGUCUGGGUGGCUGGUCUCAGACGAUCAUUAAGGAGCACCUGCUGGAUGUGGAGAUCCUGGGCUGGUGUCGUUUACAUGUGGUCUGCUGUUGUGAGGCCGGUUGGAUGUACUGCCAAAUUAUCUGAAACGCCUUUGGAGAUGGCGAACGGUAGAGAAAUGAACAUUCAAUCCACGGGCAACAGCUUUAGUGGACAUUCCUGCAGUCAGCAUGACAACUGCACACUCCCAUAAAACUUUGGGAUAUCUGUGGCAUUGUGCUGUCUGAUAAAACUGAACAUUUCAGAGUGGCCCCUUUAUUGUGUGCAGCCUAAGAUACAACUGUGCAAUAAUUAUGCUGUUUAAUUAGCAUCUUUAUAUGCCACACCUGUGACAUGGGAUGGAUUAUCUUGGCCGAGAAUAAGUGCUCAUUAACACAGAUUUAGACCGAUUUGUGAAUAUUUGAGAAUAGGUAUUUUGUGUAUACUACAAGCGCUUUAGAUCUUUGAGUUCAAGUCAUGGGCAGCACGGUGGAAGAGGGAUUAGUGUGUCUGCCUCACAUUACGAAGGUCCUGAGUAGUCCUGGGUUCAAUCCGGGCUCGGGAUCUUUCAGUUUAGAGCAGUGGUUCUUAACCUGGGUUCGAUCGAACCCUAGGGGUUCGGCGAGUUGGCCUCAGGGGUUCGGCACUCACCCAACUCAUCGUGUAAAUAAAAACUUCUCCCUAUCUGCAUUUUAUAGUAUGGCCGUUGCUUCCUACCGGUCUCACUGACAUACACUUCACAGCAGCCAAGCGUGCAGUUUUUAACAACAUUUUUAAUGCUCAUAGAUUUUCUCAAAGUCAUUCUCCCGCAGAACGUGACUUUUCAGUCACGUCCGUAUCCUCUCUCGGCCGCUCACUGUCGGCUGUGUCUCGCCGUCAGCACAUGCCCCACCUUCAUGCGAUUGUGCUCGUCCUCCGCACCAUAGACAGAGGCGGUGACCUUUGCUUCUGCAGGCGGGCUGGCCACACCUCCCUCCACAUACGGAUACCUCCAAACAAUGUUCCCUCUAAUUUUCCAUAUGCGUGAGCAAAUGCAAAAACUACUUGAGCAUUCAGUGGAGGACAUGUGAGCGACGUCAGAUGGGCACACUGCGGCCACACCAGCAGCACACUUGUGCAGCAUACCAAGUUAAGUGUUUUUAUUAUUAUAAUCAAAUGACAGCAGUCAUUUUAAUGGGAUUUUUUUCUUAUAUAACUUUUUUUUUUCAUUAGCUGUGUACUUGUAUUGUAUAUCUGGGUGGGGUUCCUGCUUUGGAAAUAAUUUGUACCCCUUUCCGAUAGUUCCCACUAAACAUUCACAUGUUGCACAAUGAGAUGUAAACAUGGGAUCAUGUGCACCAAUCCUGUAACUUUCUGUUCGUAAAAUAUACCUUUAUUAGUAUGUCUUUAAUAUAGUAACAUCAUUUCAUGAUCAAUAUUUAUAAAUCGAGAAAGAAUUAAGAAAAAAAACAUUUAUUUUUCACUAAAGAAGAGUUCCGUGAAUGCGCAUAUGAAACUGGCGGGGUUCGUUACCUCUAACAAGGUUAAGAACCACUGGUUUAGAGUUUGUAUGUCCUCCCCGUGACUGCGUGGGUUCCCUCCGGGUUUCGGCUUCCUCCCACUUCCAAAGACAGGCACCUGGGGAUAGGUUGAUUGGCAACACUAUAUUGGCCCUAGUGUGUGAAUGUGAGUGUGAAUGUUGUCUGUGGCCCUGCGAUGAGGUGGCAACUUGUCCAGGGUGUACGCCGCCUUCCGCCCGAUUGUAGCUGAGAUAGGCACCAGCGCCCCCCUGCGACCCCAAAGGGAAUAAGCGGUAGAAAAUGGAUGGAGUUCAAGUCAUGAAAAAUGGGAGCAAAAGCAAAAAGUGUUGGGUUGAUAUUUUUGUUCUGGUAUGAAGGAAGGCAAGAUUGUUUUAUAGAACAUUUCCGCCAUGCCUCCAUUUUUUUAUUUUAAAUUUUUUGCACUUAUGCAGAUCCCAAAUACACAAAAACAGACACAAACAGGUUAAAAUAAAGUUGUUUAUGCAUAAUAGGUGCACUUUAAAUAAUGUGCUGUGAAGGUGGCCUUGGAUCACAGUGAAUCCAGUGCCUUAAUGAGUCACAGGAUUAAACAUAUGUUAUGAAGAAAAGCCAUCCAAGUACAAAAAUGUGUGUGAAAAAAAAAAGAUACAUUAGUACCAGUAGUUUGAAAUAU